AUGUCCGAUAAUAAUAAUAAUGAUAAUAAUAAUAAUCAUCAUUGUAUAAAUCAUGAAAAUCAUUGUAUGGAAAUUUCUAAUCGAAAUGUUACUUUCCAUUCUCUAUGUCCAUUAUGUUGUAUAUUUAUACAGGAAAUUAGAAAAUGUCAUGAACGAACAAAACAAUCAUUACCAAUGGAUAAUAAUACUACUACUAAUCAUUGUCAUUUAAUUUUGAACAAUAAUAAUAAUAAACAAACAUUAACUCAUUCAACAGAUCCAAUUAAAGUUGACAAGCCUAAUUCACAUACAACCUCAUCCACAUCACCAUCACCAUCAUCGUCGCUGAAACAUGAUAAUCAUCUCUCUGUCAUUCUACUAGAUGAAUUAAAACGUUUCUGUGAAAACACUACAAUACGUGGUCUACCACGUAUAGUUCGUGCACAUAAUCGUUAUCUACGUACAUUAUGGUUAAUGUUAGUUUGUAUAUUAAUAUUAGGCUGUUUUAUAUGUAUGUUUUUCUUAGCUAAACAAUAUUUAGAAUAUAAUGUUAUCCAUCCACCACGUGUACUACGACAUACCACUAGUCCAUUUCCAUCAGUAACUGUGUGUAAUUUUCGUCCGAUUUCACCGGAUGGUUUAAAAUAUUUACAAAUGAAAGGAUGGAAAACACCUAGGCAUUUUGUAUUAGAUAUUGCUAGUUAUGCUCAAUAUUUGUUUUAUGAUAAACAAAAAAUUGAUGAAUACAAUGCUGCAAGUGCUGCUUUCUCAUUAGCUGGUUUUUUGGAAAGUUUACCAAAUAAUGAAGAACGACGUAAACUUGGUUAUCAACAUAAUAAAUUGAUUAUUAAAUGUCAAAUCACCUAUUUAAAUGGAUCAAAACCUGUAGCAGCACCAUGUGAACGUAAAGGUAUUUGGCGUAAAUUCAUCCAUGCACAAUAUUUAAAUUGUGCCACAUUCGAACCAUAUAGUUCAUUACGUUCAGAUACAACUAAUAUAGAAAUGUAUAUUUAUUUAGAUGAAAUGUUAAAACGUGCCCACUGUAUUGAUUGUUUUCAUGGUGAAGUGAAAUCCCAAUUAUCCGGUGCAUUGAUCUCUAUACAUGGAGCAGAUACACUGCCGAAUAUUAAUGAUAAAAGUAUUAAUUUAAAACCUGGUACAUUGACAGAAUUACGUUUAUCUAUUGUAGAAAAUAUACAACAAAUGCCACCAUAUGGUCGUUGUUCCAUAAAUCAUCCAAUUAAUUUAACUCUGUAUGAUAUGAUUUAUAAUUAUUCUGAAUAUGCAUGUCGUGAAGCUACUAUACAAAAUAAUAUUAAUCAACAAUGUGGUUGUUAUUCAAUGGAAUAUCCAUAUAAUGAAUAUGCCGGUUAUAAUGCAUGCACUAAUUUAACACAAUUUAUUCAUACAUCGAAUUGUACACGUCAUGACCUAGUUUCAUCAUCAUCCUCAUCCUCAUCUCCAUACUCAUCAUCGUCAACAACUUAUAGAAAUAAUCAAAAUACUUCAACGAAUUCAACAUGUAUUGAAGAAUUUCGUAAAUUUGUUGCACGUAUGAUGUGUAAACGUUCAGUUAUUGAAAAUUAUGUACAUGGUGCAUUGCCAAGUUGUACAAUGCCAUGUUCAUUCUAUUCUUACGAAUCAGAACAAUCAACAUCAACAUGGCCAACAAAAAGUUGGCAACUGACAUGGUUAAAUUCAUCAUAUAAUAAAAAAUUAGGUAUAUUUAAUAGUACAGAAUUUAAAGCAUAUCAUCGUGCACAACAUUUGUUAGAAUUAGGCAAUGAAAGUGAAGCGGCAAAUAUUCUUGAAAAUACUAAUGUUUUAGAACGUAAACUAUUAGCUGUAUUAAUUAAUCGACCAAAUUUUGAUGUACGUAAAGUGGAAGAGAAAGAAGUUUUAUCAUUGACUAGUUUAUUAUCACAAACUGGUGGUUUAUUUUCGAUUUGGAUUGGUCUAUCAAUGAUUUCAUUAGGUGAAAUAUUUGAAAUGUGUAUACGAUGUUAUUUAAGAGUGAAAUAUGCUAACACUACAACUAAUCAUCAUCAGCAUCAGCAUCCUCGAACGGAUUCAAUGCAUCAUACGGAACAAUGUUUACGUCAAUAUAGAAAAUGUUCAAUGUCCAAUGAGAUUGAUCAAUGUUCAAUUCAACAUAAUGAUCAAAUGAUAUUGAAUGUAUUGACAAAUUAUUUACAGAAUAACAUGAAUACAAUUGAAAUGACAAAUAAAACAAGUGAGAGUGUACUUUUAAAUGAACAAAAUAAUUUACAUGAUUUAUUGUUAAGCAGAACUCAUCAUGAUCAACAAAAAAUUCAUAUGAAUGAAUUAUCAAACACUGAAAAUUAA